GGGGUGUCAGACUGCCGUUGAAACUCGACGGUUUUCGAUUCACGCCAUCAUUUGUACUGCCGCCGCGGUCGACAAGUGCCGUGGUGAUAUGCCGAUCUCAUACUGUUUGGUCGCCAACAAGCAUUGCUCGCUAGCUGAAUGUGAGUACAAUGGAGGGGGGCCCGCAAGUCCGACGAACAGUGGCAAAAAGGUCAAGGAAAUCGCCGUGCAGCUGACGAAGAAACUCAAUUUUGAGAAGAUUGAGUUGGAGAUGGAGGCGAUCGACUGCGAGGGGAAGACGUAUAGCUACCUUGUGGAGAACGAAGUCGUGUACAUCUGCGUGGCGGACGCUUCCGUGGGCCGCGGGGCCGUCACAGCGUUCCUCAAGCACAUCCAGGCGCAAUUCGAGGAACAGUUUGGCGUGCGGGGGAAAAUGACCAAGUUGAAACUGGACAUGCAGCGCGAUUUCGGAGCCAUCUUGAAGACCCACAUGGAAAUGUUGUCGUCCCAGGGCGGGAUGCAGAAACUCGAAGCGCUGCGGAAGGACCUCGACGGCGUCAAGGACUCCAUGCAACACAACAUCGGCAAAGUGUUGGAACGUGGCGACAAGAUCGACUUGCUCGUCGACAAGUCCGAGUCCCUCAAUUCGUCGGCCGAUGCAUUUGCAAAGUCCAGCCGCAACCUGCGUCGCACAUUGUGGCUUCAAAAUGUCAAAUUGUACAUUCUCGCAGGGGUGGUCGUGCUGGUGCUGGUACUGUUUAUGUACUUGUACUUUCGAAAGUCGGACGACAAGAGCACGACGACUGCGUCGGCCGGUGCCAGUUUAAGAAGAACGUGAAUGACGAAUGUGCCUUGGUUUGUUA